GUUAGAGUGAGUCAGUCAGUCUGGGAGAGAUGUACUGUAACAGGUAAUUAAAGGCCCUGCAUCGGAACAUCACAACGGCUGUUGCCAUGGAGACUGGCAGGCAGGGCUUUGUGAAUGUUUCUGUGCUCGGCAGCUCAGUCUCAGCGCAGAGUGAAAACAGGAUGCACGUCCAGGCCCCACCGACGACUAUGCUCGUCCACACGAUACCUGCUGCGCCACCACCUCUCCGGGCACAGAUACACCCACAAGCCCAGCUACCUGCAGCCACCCAGGAAUCCGCCCACCUGCAUCUGCCAGUGCCGCCUCUAUAUGCCAAAGAGGCACUUCCCUUCCUGACGCUCCACUUCCCUGGAGGGCUAGAGCUUCAUCAGGGACCUAGCCCAGGGACAGCCAUGUCUGCAGCCAGACCCAAGUCUGCAGGGAAGCAUUUGUGCCCUCAUUGUGGCCGGGACUGUCUGAAACCCAGUGUGCUGGAGAAGCACUUGCGCUGCCACACCGGGGAGAGGCCUUACCCUUGCACUACCUGUGGCGUCUUCUUCAAGACCCAGAGCAACCUCUACAAGCACAAACGCACCCAGGCCCACGCCCGUCUCUCAUCUGAGUCUGAGCAGAGCAGUUUAGGCAGCCAAGACAGCUUGAGCAGCUCCGGGGAUACUUGUACCACCAGCCUGUCUUUAGAUGUCCUCAGUGGGGACUCUGGGAAUCAAAACAUGGAGGUUAGUGCAUCUCUCUGUCAAGCCAUCUCUCCAUUUAGCUCUGUGCUGCCCCCUACUGCUCAGGUUGGUCCAGAGACAGGCUGGGCCCUGCACCAGGCUGCUUUGGUGGGCCUUAUUCUUGCACCUGGAAAUGACCAUAAUGUCUCUUUGGUCCAAUGUACAAAAUCUGAGGGUAUGAAUUACUCUGAUAAGACAAAUGAUGAAGAGAAAGAUAAAACAAUUGAAAAUACAAAGCCUCGAGUGGCUCCAAAUCGUCAUCUCCCCCUCCAGAGGCAAGAGGCAACCCUGUUUUCCAAACAUUGGGAGAAUUCUGUAUCAAGAGGAAAAUCCCAGAGCCAUGACAGCACAGAUUCCGGAUUCAGUGAGAGUAGUGAGCUGCCCUGGACCACCAGUCCUGGGAUUGUGCUGCCUGACCACAGCAUGGAAUCCCUUGUCGAGUCCAGUCUGGAAGUCCACAGCCAGCCUAACACCACACACAUCUCCACCAAGCCUGACCUUACUACUUCAGAGACCAAAUCCAGUGUAUCACAGCAGGAACAGAAGAAACUGGAGGAAAGGAUCUCCAAACUGAUAUCUGAGAAUGAUGCAGUAGUGGAUGAUAAACACCUGGAAAACGUGAGGCCUCGGAAGACAAUGUUGUCCAAGCAAGGGAGUAUUGACCUCCCCAUGCCAUACACCUACAAAGACUCAUUUCACUUUGAGAUAAAGACCAGCAAACCCUCUAAUACUGCAUUAAGUUGGCAGAAAGCAGACAGAGGGGCAGCUCUGUACAGCUCUGUGCCCAGCCAACACUCCUCCAGCGUAGAACAUGUUCCCCUGACACGCAGCAGUUCCCUGCCCUUCAGUGUGGGAAUUCAGCACUCAGAGAGGAGCAGCACAGCCUCUCCCCACAACAGAAAUUUUAUAACUUUAGCCAGAAGAGGCAGCUCGGGACACACAUACCCAGCAGGCUUUGGCACAAACUCUGUAGACCAGCAGGUGUCCAAUCAUCGCCCACUAGUACGCCAAGCAGCCAUGGACUGCAACCCGGCAACAGAAGGCCUCGCUUUGACAUCAUCACUGGAGGAGGUCUUUCCCAACAGUCUUUGCUCAGAUGGCGACAGCAACGACAUUUGUGUGGAGCCAAGCAGCCAAAAGUGUCGCAGGAAGAAAUCACAGAAGUUUGCUUACAACAAAUGGUACAUGUAUGGGGGUGGAACUUUUAAAAAGCUGUACAGUACAGACAAAGUUGAGAAUAAUACUGUUCUCAAGGCUAGAAAGUCAAUGAUGAGCCUCGAGCAUGAGGUGGUCCAGGGGAUUCAGAGAAGGGGCUCAUUAAUGCACAGGGAGCUUGUCACAUCAGUGGGGUCUACAAAAGACUGCACUGCAACAGUGUGUCACCCAUCCUGCCUUCCAGCCAACCUGCCCUCUGUCCCAUGUGGGAAUGUAUGUCAAACAGGCAGCCAUCUUGAUUCCUCGUUUACCACACUGAAAACAACCUUUGUGGAAAAACUGUCUCUGUCAACACAUCCACCAACCACUGAAGCAGCAAACGCUAAGAGUACUGAAUCUGUUGCAGAGAGUGUAACGCAUGGGGGAAAACACACUGGCAAUGUCUCGCUACAUCAAAAUUGUACAAGAUAUAUUCCCUCAGAGACUAAGAAGCAGAGAACUGACAACAACAUAUGUUCACUGGGGACGCAGUUUGACCCCAACGCCAGUAAAACAGUGAUGCUCCCUGUCAACGUUGGUAUGACCUGCUCUGCUUCGUGUGUGAUGAAGACCAACAUAACCUAUGUGAGCACGUCAUUCUCCUCUAACAAUCCCACUGCCACUAAAACCAACUUUCUACCAAAGUACCAGCUGAAGCUACCCAACACAACAGACUCAGACUCUUCAACACUGACCUUAAAUCAACCCACUGGUAUAAUUUGCCAUAACACCAUCUGUACCAUGUCCUCCUGCCAGACAUCAAGAACCAUAACAACUGGAAAGAAAGACAUUCCAUCCUCAGAAUCCUCAUGUAUGGAUCAGAGUCACACAGUUAUGUCUCCACCAACAGCAGUUGAAAAACAGCCAUCUACCAACAAAGCUUUAGUAGAGAGUGAGACUGUCACAACAACGACAAUUUUACUCCAGGAAAGGGAUGCAAAACCACCCACCACAUAUAUACAGCAUCCACCUGUUGUGGCUUUUGCAAAGAACCUCUCUGCUACAUGUACGCCUAUCACAACCUCAGUUAGGAAUCUGACUGUUGCACCCAGUACAGUUUCCACUAAUAAUGUCUCAUUAAUAUCAGAGAACAGUUUUACUGAAGAGUUGAACACAGCUGCCAUACCUUGUCACAUUAUUCCAUACGAUGACUCAGAGCGUUCAGCUGCCCAGAAUGUAUUUCAUGUUCGGACGGCAGAUCUCCAGAUCUGCCUGGAGAUCAUAUCUGAUGAGCAGCUGGCUCUCAUAGAGCCCCAGAUUGAAAGGCAAGGCCAUACAAUUGGGUCUGGAUUCUUUACCUAUAGUGGAGAAACAAGGGCCAAUUCAAAGGACCCCACACACGAAGAACAAAGCCACUUCGCCAGGGCAACAGUGAAUAUAAAUGCAGAUUUGGGGCCUAAAAAGGCUGGAUCUCAAAAUCAGGUUAAGUUGUCAUCCUCAGAAGGUCUUCAGAACAUCAACUCCUUCUUACCAGAAAUUUUUCAUCAGACAGAUCAAUACAUUGCUGUUACAGACCACAACAAUAGAAGGCAGACAGAGAGACCGUUCAAAAUGGAAUCUACUCCUUCAACUAACACAGGACAACAGACACAUUUCUUACAGGUUUCAUCCACAUCACCAGACCCAUUAUUUACCCCUGGAACUCAUAAACACAUGCUUCUACCAACACAGAAGAACCGAGCAGGGGUUACGUCAGCUCCUGUCUCCUCAAAAGGUGUGAAAUCAGAAAGGAGCCAAACACAGGAAGAACAUGUCCUCCCGAAGAAGCCUAUUAGCCAAAAGGGCCAGGUUUCUGAUGAGCUGCCUGGCCAACACAAACUCUGCCUGGCAGCCAGCUCCUCAUUGUCAUCUUCUACAGUAGCAAAGAGCAGCUCAGGAAGUGGAUUACAGGAAGCUGGUAGCCAACACAAAUCUCUAAAUCAAAGAGCCACAUGUAACAUGGACAAGAUAAAAACGAAGAAUACAACCCUGGAACAAGAAGCCCCUACUUCAGAGGGAAUGCCUAGAGAAUCCCAUCUGCCCCUGCAGUCAAGCUCUGGUCAUAAGUCUAAUGCUGAGAGCAGUGUCGCUAUCCCCAAAAAGGAGCUUUCUAUUUUCCAGAACCAAGCCUGUAAAACUUCUGGAGAACCAGACUCAAAAGAAAUACAAGUCUAUAGUAGUUUCAUGGAAUUUGAACCUGUGAACUCAAAGAUCUAUUCUAGUUCUGAUACAAUGUCAUCAAAAGCAUUUGGUGUGGGCCAUAUCAACAUCGAAUCUCUGGAUGUACAUGUACCUUUGCCAUGCCAGGCUCAGUGUAAAUCAGAGGAAAAACCUUCCAGUAACCACAGAAACACACAGCUGGUCCAGUUUACCUUUGAGCCUUACAGUAUUCAUGAGGAAAGGCCCAAACAUGCCCCUGGUGUCUCUUUAUCCAAUCAAGACCCAACAACAGGGGAUGUAGAGAGAGGCUGCCUGACAGGAGAUUCUAUCCAAAGGGAGAAUGGAAAACUAGGCCUUCAGAGGCCUCUUUGGCAACCCGACAACGCAGCCACAGAGUCCAGGGAGAGAAAGGGUUUUGGAGAACCAGACAACCAACAUGCUGAGCAAGAACAGAGCAGAGGAAGAGUGAAAAAGAAGGAUGGAGGAGAAAGAAGUUUGAAAAGAGACAAAGUGCUGGAGUGGGAGGAUGUCAGGCUGAAGGCAGGUGAUCUACAUAUCCAGCAAACAGAUAUGUUUAGGCAUGAGCUCCAUGAGGCAAAGGACAAAGCAGAUUCUCAUCAGAACUGUGGACUAUCAGCGGAGCCUCGUCAGUUUUUUUCCCAGACACAGGCCGGAAUGUUCUGCAACCCCUCUCAACCCUCUCAGCAAAUGACACUCACUUCCAGUCCCAUGAACGCUCAAGACUGUAAUACUAGCAUUCCUAAUACUUCAGAGCCUGAAAUGAAGACUAUCGGUAGUCGGAUUCCCCAACAAAUGUGGGACACCAAAAUGUUACAUGUCAGCUCACCUUUAUUCAAGAUACAAAAACAACCCAUCCAGAGUGAGACCUGCCUUACAGAAACUACUCAACAUAGCCAGGUAAACGAGACCAGGGUCAUGUGCGGCUUUAGCAAAACUCUAUCUGCAUCAAAAGGGCAGAAAACACCAAACUCAAUUUCUGUGGAUAAAGCUCAUAUGAGUACAGCCCUGUGGAGUAUGACAAUGGAUACUCAUCAAGACAGCAGUGACACUAUGGACAGUCUCAUGCACCCAUUACACAUUGGAACCUCUGCUCUCACACUGCCAGGGGACAGGCCUGACAACAGAGAGCUUACAGCACCAGUCUACACCACACUCACCAAUGUACUUGUGAGGCAAGAUAGUUCAAGCAAAUAUUGCUCUGUACCAUCAACUGGACAAAUUCACACCAACCUGCUACCUGACUGUCUGAUGAGUGGGGCAAGGGCAGUCCAGAGCAGCCUGGAGGAUAUAGAGGACACCGGCAGCAGCGAUGAUGAGGGGAAGUUGAUCAUUGAGCUCUAGACAGGAGGGAGUACACAGGAACAUAUGCAGACAUAAAUGCUGGCCGAGAUAGACUCAUAGUUGGUGUGUGUCACAAUCUAACGUGUCUUUCUCGCGUGCAACCGAAACCACCAAAAUUAGCUCCUGCUCUCACACCUGCAGCUCUGUACCCUUGCCACCCAACACACACACACCUGUUCAUAUGAAUCAUGCAUCAACUCUUUAUCUCCUGAUGUUGGACUGCCAGUUAGGGCACCUGGGGCAAAGAACCAUCCACCACAAGAAUGCAAUCCCUUUCCCAGACUGUGUUUACUGAUAGUGAGUCAGUCUGACAAGGCACUGGAGUGCAGAUCACAGGAAACGAGCACAUGCAAACAAAUCUCAUAACUCAGGCAGCCAUUGAUCAUCAGGUUGGUGUUACGACAGGAAACCACGGCAGGUACUUAUACCUUAUAUGGCGUAGAACUGAGCACAAGUUCUAUCAGACUUCUGUCUGCUGUGGAUGUCUGUUGUGCUGUAUGGUAUCGCUCUUGUUAAUGUGCAUUGUGUAAAUAGGUCAGACACAGGGAUUAUUGGGAAUUUUCCAAAGUUUCAUUUAAUUAAGUCAAAGUACAGAUUUCUUUUUCAAAAGCUGGCAGCACAGUAUUAUGGGGGUAUUAUGGUGGAGAUACAGAAAAACAGUUGAUUCAGUCUACGUAUAUUGCAAAUAGCUGCACCAUGUGCCUAUGACCAUAGUAACCCAUGGUUUAUUGAUUGAUUAUUGAUUUAUUGAUAUACCAUGCCCUCUUGUGAUUUAUAGCUUAAUUAUUUAAAAUGGGUUUUUUCAAAUGUUUAUUAAAAUUAAAUGCUGAAUAAAUGAAAAAAGAAAAUGUUAACAAAACUCCUAACUUCUUUUGCAUACAUGCUUCUAAAAACUGCAUAUAUGACACAUUUAUAGAAAAUAUAUAUGGAUAUCAAUGUAUACACCUACGAGACAACAAAAGGCAAAGAACGUGCCACAUUCUUUUUUCAUCACCUCAAUCACUCAGCAUAAUUUUUU